UUCCGUCGCGACGCGCGCCUCGAGGGACCAGCGGACCAGUGAAGACUAUACUUGUAAAAAUUUCUUCCAAGAAAACUCCACCAACGGACACGAAAAAUAACUUAAUCGAUCCGAUACGUUGUUUGAAAAACAGAACAUCUUUCGUCCACCGCGUGUGAAUCAUUUCAUUUUCAAACCAAGUUCUCUGUGAUUGUUUACAACGUGUUUGGGUGACAAUUCGGUGAUGUUUUAUGGCCAUGUUUGACAAGUUGUCUAGUUGCUACAAGCAGCGGCAACAGGAGCAUCGACAGGAGGCGGAGGAACAACAGAUAGAAGAGCAAGACUAAUAGGAAGAGGUGGAAGUGGUGGCGAUGACGGGGACAAUGAUGGACACCGACGAGUAUUUGAUUCUCUCUCUCGCAAGAUUUCAAGCGGUUUAGUCGCAGAAAGCUUCCCCGUCUGUCGGUAAACGUGACAGCGCGUGUCGUUCGUGUGGGAUCGGAUCCCUCAGUGUGUGUCAGUGCGAAAGAAGACAAUUGACUCGCCGCCGUGCUUGCCGGGGGCCUCCUGACGUCACAUCCUGUCCUCUGGCUAGUCGCGAUCUCGUUUGGACCACGGCACGUCAAGCGAAAGAACAACGAUGGCCGACCACAACAAACGGAUCUUCAAGAUCCUCGUUUGGGCGAACAUUUACGCGAUGAUCCUAGCGAACCUGACCGACUCGUCGGAGACCGACUUGUCCGACGAAAUGGACGGGUUCACGACAACCAAGAGAACGUUUCCUGACAGAUGUCUCUUUAAACCCGAUCCGGGUCCUUGCAAACCGUACAUCCCCAAGUGGUGGUUCAACAAGAUCGAGGGAAAGUGCAGGCGGUUCCCCUAUGGCGGCUGUUUGGGAAACGAGAAUCGUUUCAACUCGGAAACUGAGUGCCUUCAUUACUGCGUGGGUGGUCCUGAACAUACGUUGCCGCCUUAUUUCGUCACGAAGGGCAGCGUAUUUGUGACCAGCACCGCGACCACGAACACACUGCCCUCCACCACGGCCAUCACUCCUCGAGUAACGUUUGCGCCUACAACACCGACAAGACCACCUGUACCGAAGUACAAAAGAGGAAAGGAGCUAACUUUCAUGGAAUCUGGGUACGAGAAGACCUUCAUGUUCGCGCAAAGCAACACGUUCAUUCAGCUCGACGGCAGCGGGAUAAAACCGUUUCAACUUCGUCUGUGUCGCGAGAUAUCCUUCAAGUUCCGCACAAAAUUACCGCACGGUCUGCUGGUGUACCACAGCGUCAAGGAUCGACCGGAAGGUCUGGAUCCGUACGCUCUGUACGUGAUCGUCGAGAAGGGCCAACUGAAAGUUGUUCACGUGUUUGGAAAACGAUCGACUAGCCUGACCGUCGGCGAGGGGCUGAAUCGAGACGAAUGGCACAGCGUUUUGGUAAGAAUCGACGUGCACGGGGCGAAACUGAUCGCCAGAGUGGACGACAAACAGGAAGAGACCACGCUCAAAGUUCUCGAACACGUGAUCAAUUAUGGGGUUUCGGAGGAAUUGGCGUCCGUCGUUCUUAUAGGAGGAUUGAGUUCCGAAGAACGGUUACACGGUGUGAAGUACAUAAUAGAAUCCUUCGUCGGUUGCAUAAGAGACAUGGUUCUGAGCUCUGGCAAAUCUGCCAGCGAUCUAUUGCCCAUCCAGCCUCUGAUCGCCACGAAGCACGAAAAUGUGAAAGAGGGGUGCAUUGACAAAUGCAGAACGCGAGAGAAUCUUUGCUUCAUUUCCACGCAAUGCGUAAAUCACUAUAACAGUUUGACUUGCGACUGCUUUGGGACGAAAUACGAGGGCGAACGUUGCGAUGUGUACACGGCAACAAUUUUAACAUUGAGAGGCUCCUCGUACGUCUCUUUUCGCGUGUAUGACUGGAAAGACAGAGUUCAUUCGUCCGUCAACAGAAUAAGCCUUGCAUUCAAGACAAAAUGGGAUGAUUCGGCUCUGUUCUACGCGUCCGGCGAAAUUGAUGGGACGCCGCACUAUAUAGCAGCCUCCAUCAUGAAUGGAUCGGUUCACGUCGCAUUAGAUUUCGGACAUAACUCGAAAAUUGCUACGGUGCUCGGUGACUACAUUACUGCGAAUCACUGGAAUAAUCUCACGAUAUUCCACAACGGUUCUUUAGUAUUCGUCAGCUUGGACGACGAGAUAAAAGUGCUCGAAGUACCCGGAGAAAAUUACAAUAUGAUCAUCGAUCCCGAAAUCUACAUCGGCGGUGGGCCUGAACUGCACAAGAAAAUGGGUCUCCUCUCGCACAAUAACUUCGCAGGCUCGCUGAAGUACGUGUUCUUCAACGACAAGUCCAUCAUUUACGAGUUGAAACGAUCGAAUCCCAUGGUGCACUACAUUGGCGUGUUGGAGCCUGAAUACUACGAAGCAGACGUUGAUGUGAUACCGAUAACAUAUCCAUUCGCUGGGAGCCACAUUUGGUGGCCCAUAGCGCGUACCGAUUCCCUGAAGUUGAAUUUCGAUUUCAAAAGCUCGAAACCCGUGGCGGUAGUUGCGUCGGGAGACGUAAAGAGCAAUCGUGGUCUUGGAUACUGGGAGCUUCGCUUGGUCAACGAUGAAAUACGUUUCCAACUGAUUCCCGUGUUGUUGGAGAACAUAACCGUCUCAGCCGCCGUGAAGUUUCCACCUUACAACACAUCCUGGCACGCGGUUGAACUUAAUUACACCAAGGGGGAGCUCAGUGUUCUAGUCGACUAUAGAAACAAGCAGAGCAAACUGUUCUCCAUGACGUUCGAACUAGGCGACAAAGUGAUAAUCGGAAGUGGAAAGAGCAAUGCAGGUCUGGUCGGGUGUAUGCGCGAGAUUCGAGUGAACGACGAAAGGAUAGAGCCUAGAUACGUGGUCAACACCGAAAGAGUCAUUGGAGAAGUAGCUUUGGAUAACUGCCAGUUCGUGGAUCCUUGUACCAGGCCGAACACCUGCGAACAUGGAGGGAAAUGUUCGGUGAAGGAAGACAGGAUCACCUGCGAUUGCGAGGACACUGGUUACAUGGGUAAAAACUGCCAUUUCGCUCAAUAUAGAAAGACGUGCGAGGAACUCGCUCUGCUAGGCUACACCCAAGACAACGUUUAUAAAAUCGACAUCGACGGAAACGGCAGAUUUCCACCCGCCCUCGUGAAAUGCGAGUUCCAGUCCAUCGAGGACUCGACGAAAACGAUAGUGGAGCACAAUUUACCCUCGCAAGUCGACGUGAGGUCUAUCGCUGAGUCCGAUUUCUCUUUCCACAUCAAAUACAGACAGUUCACCGGCGAGAUGCUCCAAGAAUUGAUCUCACAUUCGUUGUACUGUAGCCAGUACGUUAAAUACGAUUGUUACAAAGCGCCUUUGGAGUUGCACAGCGCUACGUGGUUCCUGAAUUCGAAGGGGACUACCGUCGACUACAUUGGAAAUGUUAACAGAGGUUCCUGCCCUUGUGGAAUGAACAGGACAUGCGUCGACUCGAAUCUAAGUUGCAAUUGCGACGUCGUAACUGGUAACGCUGGAAAGUGGUUGUCCGAUGAAGGUUACUACGAGACCCCGGACUCUCUAGGCAUCACAGGAAUGGUGUUCUUGCAACAAAGAGACCUGGAAGAGGAUGCACAAGGUCGGGUCACUUUAGGCCCGUUGGAAUGCGUUGAAACGAACACACAGAAGUACGUGGUCACAUUCACAACCUCGCAAUCCUACAUCGAGGUACCAGGUUGGCGAAAAGGAGACAUAGCCUUCAGCUUUCGGACAACCGGCGAAAAAGCUAUUCUACUGUACCAGCCGCCUAUCAGAAGCAACUAUCCGUCCUUCAUGGUAGCUCUGACCUCGGAGUUCCGUUUGACGUUCAAUUUUACCUUAAAUACCGGUACCGUCAGAGAUUUGCAAGUGAAGAGUAUACGAAAACUGAAUAAUGGUGAGUGGCAAAAGAUCUGGAUCGACUACAACGACUACCACGUUAGAUUCAUGAUCAACACUGAAUACCAAAUGGUUGAUCUGUUGCCUGAGGAGGAGUUUGGACCCUUCGAGGGUUCCAUGUUCAUCGGUGGAGCUACUGCGGAACACUUGAGAACCUCUUCGGUCCGACAGGGUCUCAUUGGGUGUUUCCGUGGUCUUGUCGUGAACGGUGAGAUCCUGGACAUUCACAGCUACAUGUCGGUCCACUUGUCCGAGAUUAUCAAGGACUGCAAGCCCUCUUGUCAACCGAAUAAGUGCCGAAACGGCGCCAGGUGCGUAGAACUCUGGAGCAAAUUCGAGUGCGUCUGCGAGAACAGAUGGGCUCACCUUGGCACCUAUUGCGAGAAGAACAUAAACUAUAGAGCCCUGACCUUCACGUCGCAAGGAGCUUUCUUAAAGAAGAACUACUUUGGGUCUGACGAGGAGGACGAGGAGAAAUUAUUAUUGAAGGGCAUACUAUUGCAGAACAUACUGAUCAAUCUGAGGACCUACGAUACACACUCGUUGAUACUGUACGCGAACGAUCACUUGAACAACUUCGCCCACCUCUACAUCUCAAAUGGAACGAACAUCGUUUAUUUGUUCAACGCCGGCAACGAAAUAAAAAACAUCACCGUCGAAUAUCCAGACGCGAACACGGGGAUCUCGGUGCAAAUCGCGAUAAUCCGGAACGAAAGAUCCACGACGUUACACGUGAACGAGUACAAUGUUACUUUGAACGCCACUCCCGUGCUGCUCGAUACCUAUUCGAACAAACCCUGGACAAAUCCGGAGAAGGAGGUCCUAGCACCGCAAAGGCCACCGGCGCCGCCCAGUGAUUACUUUCAGGUGAAUCUAGGAGGCUUUGACUCGGACGAUCUAUUGAGAGUCGGCAAAGAGGGCAUGCUGAUCAAAGGCUACGUCGGGUGUCUACGUGGACUGAUGAUCGGCGACUAUCUCGUCGACCUACGAAAUCUCGCCAACGAAGCAAAUCACGAAGGCAGUAAGGAAGUCCUUCCAUAUUGCCAGAUGAAGUGCGACGCUGUGCCUUGCAAGAACCUGGGAAUCUGCACGGAGGACUUUGGCAGGCACGAGUCCUCGUGCAACUGCGAACUAACGUCCUAUUUCGGGGAGAAUUGCGCCGAUGAAAAAGGAGCAGAUUUCAGCGGCGAGAGUGUUCUCCAACGCGAGUUCGACCUCGUCGGCGAAGUGAACCAAGUGAAGGUUCAACUGGCUUUCUCGACCAGCGAGCUACGACAACAAACCACGUCGCUUCUACUUCUACAGACAGAAAACAAAAGAAGCUACUAUCUGCUGGUUGCCCUGACGUCGGAAGGCCAACUAAUAUUCGAGGAAGACAGGGAGGGUUCUGCUCAAGGAGUACGAUUGAACGAUAGAAACUUCCUAAACGGUGCUCGACACAGCGUCUACUAUGUUCGCGACAACCAUACGGCUACACUUUUGAUCGAUCGCGAGCCUGUGUCGCUUCUGGCAAUCCCAGUGCUGAACCUAGGCGACGACGAAGACGACAGCCCGGGUGUCACGGAGAUCCAACUCGGUGGCCUAAACACGACUGAUUCCCGGUUCAGCGUAUACAAAGGAUACACCGGCUGUCUCAGCAACGUCGUGGUAUCGAUCAACGGAGGUCCUGGCAUGAAGCCACUCGAGGAAUAUAUGCUCUUUACGAAACAGGGAAGUGAAACCGUCCGAGCGACGAUACCUGCUGGAGUCAGGAGCGCUCAGUGCGCGGUCUUUCACGCGCAACCACGUGGCCUCGACCCGCCUAGAAACGAUAGCGUGGGUCGUGACAAAGCCUGGGUGGAGGAUCCGCCAGAAAGGAUACUAUACAAGUCUCAGUACGCUGACGCAACGCAAGAGGAACAAGGUGCUGGUACUUAUAUCUUCAUAGCGCUGUGUUGCAUAUUCGUGGCGGCGGUUAUUGGUUGCAUCUACGAGGUUUGGCGAAGCGCGAGAAAAGAUCGACACAGCAGAAGAGCGUCUGUGGUCUCGGGCACGUCAACGGUGCCAACUUCCAGUUCUCAGAGAUGGCAAUCGCCGCAAUACACAGAAUCGAUACCGACUGGUGUGAAAACCGUGGGCUUCAUGAACGUGAACGAGGACGAGAAGAGACCUAACGGUACGCACAUGAAGCCAGCGGUCAAAGAGUACAAACCGGUGCCCAACGCGGAGUCUAAAGACUUAAUUAACGAUAAAAGAGUUCAUAUAAAAGCAGAUGAGGAACCAGAGAAGAAGGAGCUCCUAGGGGUAAAUACAGGCAACAUCACUAAACCUCCGAAACCAAAUCCAUUCUCCAUGGAGGAUCUUCAAGAGGAACCAGAACUAGAAGAAUGUGAAGAAGAAGAAGCAGGUGAGGAGUACGAAGAAGAAGAAGAGGAAGAGGACGAUUUAAAACAGCAAAAUCAAAAUGAGGAAAACGAUCAACCAAAGGAAGAAAAUACAAACAACAAAGACUUCGUGAAGUCGGUAAACGCGCACCAUAAUAACAACAAACAACGAUCAACAAUCGAAGAUUUGUCUUUAGAUCCUGCGAGGCCUUUGAUUCUCAAUCUGCAACCUAUCUACCUAUCGGAUGAUCGAAGAGCUUUUGGAAGUCCACUCAAUUAUCUCGGAGUUCCGAAAUUUCAACAGAGAAACCGGAACUCCAUAGAAUCAGUAUUGUCUUUGGACUAAUCGUUUGUAUCUUGAGGAACUUUCAUACGAAAUUCCUUUCGAUUUUUGCGGGCAAUCAACGUUAAUGCAAAAAAAAAAAUGAAGAUGCGACGAUAGUAAUCAAUUAUUACCAAAUGUUCGAAUUUCAAAUUUCGCGGCACGCGCUGCGACACGAAAUACAUUUCUAUUUAAAUAAGACAACUCGUCUUUAAAAAUGUACGCGUAAUGAGCGAGAAUGAAUUUCUAGAUUAAAUGUUUAAACAUAGUUUGAAGAUUUGCGACGGCAAGAUUAUAUAAUUUAUUAUAGCGAUAGGUGAUACUUACAGUUUGAACACGAAUGUAGAUUGAGGUCAUCAACGUGAUUUGUCCGCCGUUCCGUGUUACGUGUCGAUCAGAA